AUUCACAAGUUGGAUGUUUUCUUCUAUUUAUUUUUGCACUUUAAUAAUAAACAGUUUUUUUGUUUUAGCCAAUAGAACAAAUUUUUAACUUUCAAAUGCUGUGAUUUUCUUGACGUAUGUGUACAGUUACAUCCCCUAGUACUUAUGCAUUCACCCAGUGCUUUUUUUUUUUAUGACUGUCAAAUGUAAAUCUAAGCGCCAAAGCUUUUAAAAGCCGCAUUGUUGAAGCCUGUCCAUUUUGAAAAAAAUAGAAUGGAGCGUGACGGAAUCUCUCACACAUGCUUUGAUGGCUUGUGUCUUGUCUCAAAACACCACGGCUAAUUAUUCCCGCUAAUCAUCUGUCGCCUCUACCAGCACGCGCACUCUCACUUCAGCUUUGCACAGGAUAUUACGAAAGCGUCCUCCCCGUGGGUGAAAGUUGGGCGGCUCGCUGCAUGGCAGUCGCCGAGCGCUCACUUGUACGCACCGCCAGAAGAAUAAAAAGACCGAGAAAACGAUGGCCGGGAUGGAGGACGAUGUGGAUGAGAUGGCGAUGAUGCGUCAGGAGGCAGAAGAUUUCUUCUGUGAGGAUGGUGUGUCGUCGCGCAUCCCGGAGAUCAUGGCGGCCGCCGGGACGCACUCGCCGGGUGGGCCCAACGGCAUCAUCCGCAGCCAGUCCUUCGCCGGAUUCAGCACGCUGCAGGAAAAGCGCUCGAGGUGUAACUCGUUCAUGGGCAACUCGGUGCCGCAGAAGAAACCGGCGUCUAAACCCAAGAAACCCCACCUGUCCAGCCACAAGGGCGGCGCUGGCGCCGCGUCCAGAGAACCUCAACCCGGAAGAUUGGAAGACGUUUACACGGCACUUAAACGAGGCCUGGAAGAAUACCUGGAGGUGCACCAGACAGAGUUGGACAAGCUAACGUUGCUCAUGAAGGACAUGAAGAGGAACUCGCGGCUGGGCGUGCUCUAUGAUCUUGACAAGCAAAUCAAAGCCAUCGAGAGGUACAUGAGGCGGCUUGAGUUUCACAUGAGCAAGGUAGACGAGCUGUACGAGGCUUUCUGCAUCCAGAGCCGCCUUCGCGAUGGCGCGAGCCGCAUGAAGCAGGCCUUCACCUCCUCGCCCUCCACCAAGGCGACCAAGGAGAGCAUCGCUGAGGUCAACCGGCGAUACAAGGAGUAUACAGAGAACAUGAGCGCCUUUGAGAGCGAUCUGGAGAACCUACUCGGGGAAUUUCACAUCAAGAUGAAAGGAUUGGCAGGUUUUGCCCGACUCUGUCCGGGAGACCAGUACGAGAUCUUCAUGCGUUACGGUCGCCAGCGAUGGAAACUUAAGGGGAGGAUCGAAGUAAACUCCAGGCAGAGUUGGGACGGCGACGAGAUGGUCUUCAUGCCACUCAUUAGCGACCUCAUUAACAUCAAGGUGACGGAGCUGAAGGGGCUAACCACGCACCUGCUGGUGGGCAGCGUGAUAUGCGAGACUAAGGAACUGUUCACCGCCAUGCCUCAGGUGGUGGCCGUGGACAUCAACGACCUGGGCACCAUCAAGCUCAACUUGGAGGUCACUUGGUACCCCUUCGAUGUGGAGGACCUGACGCUGUCGUCGAGCAACAUUAGCAAAGCGGCGGCGAUACAGCGGCGGGUGUCCAUCUACAGCCAGGGCACGCCCGAGACGCCCACCUUCCAGGACGCGUCUUUCUUUUCAACAUUACCGGACGACGUUUUUGAAAACGGCAGCGUGUCAGAAUGCAAGCGCCUGUCGUACGCCUUCUCUGACGCGUCCAGCCCGAGCCCGGCGCCCAGCUCGCAUUCGCCGGCGCCGUCCAACCCAGAGAUCACCGUCACACCGCCCGACACGGACGCGUCGGCCUCGCCCUGUCGGAUACGGGAGGGCUCUAUCGCCGAGGAAGAAGAAGAAGAGGAGGAGGAAGACUGUGGCGCCGGGGAGACAGAUAGCGGGACGAGCGGCAGCCUGGAGGACUCUGAGUGGGAACGGACCGAGUCCCAACGCAGUAGCGGGCGCGCCGCCACAGUGGCGCCCGAGGAUGUCUUUCUGGACCACGUGGACCAGCUCAAGCCCGUCCAACUGGAACAAGACGACGAGGACGAUGGCGGCAAUCUGACUCGACAGUUGGUCAAGCGUUUGACGUCGUCGGAGGUGGAAGACGUCGAGGAGGGGCGGGGAAUCUUCCUUGAGGGCGGCGGUCUAGAGGAUGCCAUCCAUGGGCUCCUUUUGACGCUCGAGGCGCUCACGCACCGAUGCCGAGAACUACAGGACUUGGAGCAAGAAGUCAUGCGAUUGGAGGACCUCUUGAAGUGCCGCCUGCCAGGCCACAGGAGUCGCUCAUCCAGCUUGAGUUUGACGGUGGAAAGCGCGCUGGAGAGCUUUGACUUCCUCAACACGUCGGAUUUUGACGACGAUGACACCGGGGACGACGCCGCGGCUGCCGCCGUCGUCAUCCUUGCCGCACCGCCGCCAUUUGACAAUGACGGAGAACGCAGUGGCGGUCAGCACCCGGAAGCGCGAGGCCACCUAAGCGAAGCCUUGACCGAGGACACCGGUGUGGGCAACAGCGUGGCAGGCAGCCCCCUGCCGCUCACCACUGGCAAUGACAACCUAGACGCCGCCCUGGUGGUCCACCUGCGCUAUUGCAGGCGCCUCAUCCAGGUUUUAAGCGGCAGCGUAAGCGCAUGUCGGCGGCGUGGCGUCCUUCUCAAAAUGGUGGAGCAGACGCGGCUGCUAGAGGAAAUUGCCGAGAUGAUCGCGGACCACCCAGGGGUCCCAACAUCUCCUGCUGAGGUGAUGCCAGGCCUGGCGCAAAGUGACGGGUUUAUGUCGUGGUGGGCCGAGUGCAGCGGCUCUACGGGAAACUUCCACACCACACUGGACCGGGUGUUGGGUCACAUGACUCAGCGGUACCAGGAAAUGCUUACGGAGAAAUACCCACAAAGCUGUCACGCAGUCAUCUCUUUGGUGGCGUGCGAAAUGGCGGACCAAAACAACCUCCCCGAGUGGAACGGCCUACGACAGGAUGUUGUCACCGUCUUUCAGUUCCACACUUAUAUUCUGCGACAUCAAGUCCGUGACAUGGAGACGCACCUGCUACAAUUGGCCUCGGAAGAGUCAUUCGUCGAGCGUUUACGGAGCGGAGACGCCCAACAGUGUUUGUCGGCACUGGAAGAAGUCCCCGCGUGCCACCUGUGGCCCCAGGGCGCCACCCUGAGGACUCUAGCCUCGCUGCUCACCGCUGACGACCCCGCCGUCAAGUCCGCGGCGUCCGACUACCUCGCCGCGGCACCCAACGCCUAUUUUCGGAACAAGGCAGUGGAGUGUUACACGGAAGCGCUGUCGGAAGCAGGGGUCCACAGCCAACGAGCGGCGUGCGCGGCGCUCAGCUGCCUGAGGGCGGUGGAGAGCAUCCGAGCCGUUGUAGCGCUCUGUGACUCGGCCGACGAGGAACUGCGCCAUGUCGCCAUAGAAACGCUGCUCACGUUCGGCGAGGACGGUCGUCUGGCCUACGAACAACUGGACACGGUUCCAGGAGAAAUGAUUCGCUUGGGCGGACGUCGGGGUAACGCCGUCACCACCGCCUUUUAGGACGCCAACGUGCCACGCCGGUGAACAAAAAAAAAAAAAAACGUAUCACUGCACAAAAACGCACACACGAGUUAAUUUUGGGUUCAACUGGAGAGCACAAAUUUUCACUGGACUUAACAGGAGCACGCUGCACUCAUUUGUUCCUCACUUCUUCACUGGUUACUGUGAAAACUUAACUUUGUUUUUUGUUUUUUUAAACACUUUUGCACUUGUAAAUACGUGGCCAGUACGUACAUUUGGGGUACGUUCGGGAAGUGAUACUCGGUUGGAUAUGAUGUGCAGUUUUUCCAAGUGCAAUUCUGAAUGGAAAGUGUUUUUAUUUAUUGUUCCCAAUAAUAAUCUCCUGCUGUACAAAAAAAGCAGACAACUUUAUGUAUGUUUGUAUAUUUAUGUUCUCUGCUCAAUCAGGUGUUUUCUUUCUUUUUACAUAUGUUAUCUUUAAAAAUAUGUCCUGUGUUGGUUAACUCAUUGACUGCCGUUGACACAAAUCCGUUUGUCCUGCGAUAAUUGGCGAGGAUUGGAUGUCUUUAAGGGGUAAAUACGCCAAAGUUAAAUCAGCUCAUUUUUAAAGCAACUCUGGUUCCCCUAUCACCAUCAGUGGCAGACAAUGAGUUAAAUUGGGUUUAAUUUUUAUCUUUUAGAUAAGAUUUAUAUUCCCUAAAAAAUAGUACCAGUAAUCGUAUUUUGCAGAAUAUAUAACCAAAGCUAAAGUGUUUUUUUAUGAGAAUGUAUUUUUGAUUUUUGGCCACAAUAGCAAUGUUUUAAAGCACAAUUAAAACAAAGUUCUGCUACAAAAGCCAUAUGUUAACUCAAAACAAGUGGUUCUAUUUUAAAAAAAAUGUAUUUUGUAUAUCAUUUGGACAUGUGAACUUCAUUUUUUGCCCCUCUUUGUUUUGCAAAGUAACAGUUCUCGUAUGUAAAACAAGCAUUACAGUAUUUUGUCGCUUCCAAUUUAAUUCAGUGUUAUCAGUUAACUACAUUGUGUUGAUUCCGGUUAAGAGGUGCAUCUCUGGUUUAUGUGACUGGCGCCGUUUGCUCAUAUGUUGCAAUAAAGUUUAUUUUUGCAUAAUUGUACUUUGAAAAGUGGAGAAUUUUAUUUGUCUACGUAUGUCAACAUUAUAACUGUAUGAAUUCAAGCCAUUUAAUCAUGUGUAGGUUUAGAUUUACCAUUUUGCUCCCAUCAAUAUCAGCCAAGGAGCUAUUGCAAUUUCUCCAGAAUUGUACUUUUUAAAGCACAUCUCAUUUGUCAAUCUCCGUCAAUGGGGAGUUUUUCCUCAAUCGGAUUGAAAUCAAUUGUAUUAUGUUAAUAGGAUUCGAUCUGUAUACAUGAAGUUUAAGAGAUUCACGUUCAAUUCACGUUUGCGUGGCCUCAGUUCAUAGGUUCACUUCUGUGGGGGGGAAACAUGUACACCUCUAAACUCAGUGUCAGCAAUAAACUCAUAAGACCUGAUAUCUUGAC